CUUCAAUCCAUCCGAUACUUUGUCAAUCAUCAAUUCUAUAUCUCUUUCACAAAGCGUGACAAGUUCAUAAUUAGUACUGUACAAGUGUUUCGUUACUAUUUGCUAUGUUAGAACCGUUUGUUACAGCAAUUACUCCUGAUAUCAUCCAAAGUUUCAAAGGAACAGUAAACGCUGUUUCCGACACAGUUCAGUCAAACGAGACAAUGGGAGCUUGUGCAACUUAUUUUAAAAGAACUAUUCAAAGAAGACAAAAAAUUUCCUCUAUAUGUUCCUUUAAAGGAAUUACUUCAGCAUCAAGUUCACAAGUAGUGAAAACUUUGAGUUCAGGCGUGGAAUUGAACAGCCAGCUGGCUUCGUUUUAACAAAUCGGUGUACAACCAACCGCGAAGUCAACGUAUCAAAACAGUUCUUCCAGCAAUUUUCUUUGGAUCGAAAAACUUUAUUAGGUGAGUUUGCCUUUCUCGUUGACUUGUGUAAGCUUCCGAGCUCCGUCAAUGAUGGUCCGGUUGAACAAGAACAUUUUCAAACAACUAUCCUUUUCUUGUGCCAAAACGAAGAAACCAACUGGGAAAUAAAACCGAGUGUUGUUCAGCAUUUGCAGUAAAGUGUUGCACCUAAAUAAUAAUAGAAUUGGAAGUUUAUCUCCAAAAUUUGUAAGUAUCUUUGUAGAUGAGUUUAAAUGGGGAACAACUAAUAGUCACCUCUUCUGUUGUGGCCCAGUCUUUACGUAUAAAUAGUGUAUUACAGCAUCUAAAAAAUAGUUGAAUUUAGUUUUUCCGCCAAUUAAGAUUCUCAUAAUAUCAAUCGAUCAAGCAAUUUAUGAAAACAUUAUCUUUCAAUAAAAUUAAAAUCAUCCAA